AAAACCCUAUUCAAGAGAUAAACACGAAUAAAUAUAUGAUAAUCAAUGAGUUUUGAAUCAUCUGCCUUUAACAAACGCAAAAGAGAUGAUAAGCUUGUAGAUGGGCUGAUCGAGAACCGUAAAAAAAGGCUGCUCGAGACCUUUUCAGAAUUAACAUUGAAUGAACAUAUACACAAACAAGAAUUUAGUAAAGAUGUAGAUAUGAAAAGCGAAAGUUAUUAUGAAAAAGAUGCACAUACAACAGUUAUAGAGAGCAUUGAAGACUUUGUAGACAAAGAGGAGAAGGAAAUAGAGAUAAAGCCAGAAAUUUCAUUUUUGAAGGGUAUAUGUGAAAAAAUUGUAAAAAUUCAAAAAUAUAUAUCAGAACCUCAAGAAAGAACAGGAGAUCUUGUAGUUUAUCAAUGUCCUCAAUGCUGUAUUUAUGGAUAUAAUUUGGAGCAAAAAAAAUGUGUGCAUCGGGAGAGUGAAGUUGUAUAUAAAGAUAAAAUGAGGAGUGAAGAGAUCUCAGAUCAAGAGGAAAUGACAAUGAAUAUAGAUAUAAUAUGAAUGGAUGUUUUUUAAAAGAAAUAGAAUUUAUGGAAGGAAGG